UUUUAGAUAAGUCAGGGAACCACUUCGACUAGUGGCACAAUAUAAGUCGGAAUCGCAGUCAGCCCCCUCUACACAGGAUCCUAGCUAUUUGCCUCGAUCUCGUUCACAGCAGUCGCAAUGUCACCUUCAUCACCAACAAGACAUCGUAAGCCAACGGUACCCCCUGGAUUCCUACCAUCAUCCAGACCAAAGAAGCAACCGAUCAAGGAUAUGUCUAUACAAGAACUACAGGAACAGCACGGCCGAAAUGCGGAUAUCCUGUCCAAACCGGCGCCCUCAACCUCUACGUAUGUUCAACGGCUCUCUGCUGAACAGGCCGCUAUUGAAGCACGUCUAGUCGAGCUUGGAGUGGAUAAGAUACAGACUAUGAUGCAACGAACCAACAUCAACGAUGAAGGUGAUACUCAGAUGAAGAUCGAAGACACGCCUGCUGUCUCCCCCAGUCGAGCAAUCGAUACCAAACGUCGCAUUCUCGCAAGAUAUUCGGCACAGAUACAUCCCACACAUAGCGACACAGGUUCAUUCUCAUUCGACGAGGCCGUCCGUAUAGAGCAAGAAACUCAUGCUCUAGACAUGCGCCGCAAGCAGCAUUUGGAAGAGAAGAAGCGUCGAAUGGGUCUACCAAUUAAGGGGGAAGUCCUCACACGAGAAGAGAGGGAGGCGCGAAUAUGGGCCUUCAUGACAUACAAGCCCACCGAAUCAGACCUGGAGGAUGACGACGAUCUUGAAGACGAUUCCGAUCCGGCAACUUGGUUCGAAGAUGACCAAGAGGAUGGUCGUAAAGGACAAGACAUAGUAGAGCCCGAUGAUUACGAAGACCUGUCCAAUGUCAUUCGAAUCGACGAAACUCGUAUACCUCGCAGUAUAUUCUAUGAGCCUAAAGACGACGAUUAGCCAAAUAUUACUCCGUAGACGGGUAUAUCACAAUGUAGUUGUAUGGCUAGUGCUCGUAGCUACUAUAUGUACCAUAGUCAAUAUCAACCUUAAACCUCAUGAAAACAUAAUACUCGUGAUAGGGGGAUAGAUGACAUAUGUUCGUCAA